ACCAAGUUUAAAAAACAUGGGUGGACUGACACCGCCCAAGAAGCCUUCGUCCUCACAAAUGCGACAAAAAGCGCUAAAAUGCACGGUCGAAUUGGAAAUCCAAGCUAUCACUUGUCCAGGGGUGGUGUUACCAUCCCAAGAGGACAUGUAUGUUAGCGUUCGGAUAAUGGGCCAGUACCAGAAGUCCAAGUGUGUCCCUCCGGUUUUCCCACUGCUGUUGCAUGAAAAAAUGGUUUUUGUGAAGACCUUUGUGGGAAUGGUUGACCCGGGUGCUGUAGCCGAGCAUCUGGAGAAUGAUACAACAUCUUUAGAGCUCAUUCAGCUGGUUCCUCCAGAGGGUGAGAUCCUGGCCACGUUUGAAGACGACACGCGGGAGUUUCUGUAUCCAGGCCCUCGUUUGAGUCCCAGAAGCCCCGGCCCAGAGAGAGAGAUUCUGAUGAAGAGAUCCAUCUCCUUCCCGGGAAUCUCUCCCAAAGUGGAGUUCUCGACGACAUCUAUUAUUGAGGAGUGUGAAGUGAAACACGGUCAGCCUGCCAUGUCCUUAUGCAAUCGUUCUUCUACUAAGUCCUGUCGUGUGAGAACUGCAAAGAAGAAACCAGACACAGCACCAUCCCGUGGAUACGAAAAGCCAACAGUGGCGUCCCAAAGUCGUGCUUCUUCACCCUACACCCACCGCAAGAUGUGUCAGCUGUCCGAGGAGGCCAGACAACGACUAAGUCACAUCAAACUGGGGCCCUACACAUUUAAGAAAGAGACGGUCCCUCAGGCUCCAUUCGUGGUGCCCCGAAGUCCAAACGCAUCACUGAUGUCCCCCACGACAUUUGGUCUUACAUCUCAGUCUGCUACUAAAAAAAGCCCGCUACGACUGCGAACACAGUGCUACACCGCAAACCUCACAGAUCCCUCUCUCCUUGGAAGUUUUAGAUCAAAGCCCUCACAGGCAUCCAGAAGUUCCCCAAAUAAAUCCCCCAAAGAGCAUUCCACUCCGGUGUCCAGCACACUCAGAGACCAGAGUCCAGUCUUGAGCCGCUAUUCCCUGAGAGAACGGUUAGUCAAGUUUUGCUGCAGAGCAAUUUAACACAGUUUUUGUUCUGGUCUAUUCUGUCAUUGGAUUGAUUUGUUUUUUUUCAUUAAAGACCAACAUACAGAAGCAUU